AUGGUUGUUCUUUCUGCGAAUAUUGAAGAUGUUGCACCAGUGCCAUGCGAGUUGAAACUCGAAUCGGGUCGACAUAUUCGUUACGUGGCGGCAAAAGAUGCGAAUCCACGCAAGGAGAUCAGCGGAGGCGGCACUUUUGAGAACAUCGAGCUUCCGCAGAGAAAGAAGAGCAGUACUUCUGAAGGUGUCGACCAAAGUGUGCUCUGGGAGGGAGUUAACACACUCUGCCAGGUGAUGGAUGCUAUUGUCGAGUCAGAAAUGGAAACGGAUUUCUUUGAGGGAAAAGACGUACUUGAGAUUGGAUUCGCGACUGGUCUCCCAUCUGUCUACGCCUACGAAAAUGGCGCUGCCGAAGUGGUACUGCACAGCAGUUCGAAAACUUCACUCCAAAUGUAUUGCAAACCGACCCUGCGCAGGAAUGCGAUUCCGGAAAACAAGUGCAAAUUCUCCAGUGGCGACCUCAGUCAAAUGAAGAAAGCAAUUGGAGGAAAGAAAUUUGACGUCAUUCUGGCUGCGGAGCUCUUGUAUCGCCAUGAGGAUGAGUUUGAGUUAGCGCACGAGAUCCUCGACGAAGCUCUCAGCCACGAUGGCAUAUGCUUCCUGUCGAGUCCGACUCACUACUUCACCGUUGACAGUAAUCUCGCCAGUUUCCUUGACCUAGUCAAGAAGUACAGGAAAUUCGAUGUCGUGGAACGAUGGAGCUCACCUCGUACCGACGUCGUACAGCGAAAAGUCCUUCAACUGACGCGAUCUCUCUGCUGA